GCUUCCGCCGCCGGAGCCGACGCCAUGAUCGGGGAUCUGCUGCUCUGCGGGACGCUGCUGGUGAACGCCGGUGCCGUGCUCAACUUCAGGCUGAGGAAGAGGAAUACGGAGGGAUUCGGCGAGGAGUCGAGGGAGCCCACGACCGGUGAUAAUAUCAGGGAGUUCUUGCUGAGUCUCAGAUACUUUCGAAUCUUCAUUGCCUUGUGGAACAUCUUCAUGAUGUUCUGCAUGAUUGUGAUAUUUGGAUCUUGAAAGUCAUCCACAAACAUGCCUAUUACCUUGGAAGAGACACUUGGCUGUGUGAACAUAACUUUUCUAUAAAGUAAAAGAUUACACUACUUUCAAAACACAGCCCUGGGACUGUGGCCUGUUCUUCAAUGCAAGCUUCUAUCGUGCUACAACAUGGAGCACAUCCAUCCUCUUCAGGCAGUUGUGUCAUCAUCUGGUGCACACUGAGUCACUUGCUGCUGGAGGGUUGAGCCCAAAUCUUCAAAGUAAGAUUAUUUCAACUUUCCUGAAAUAAAGAGUACUUCAGAAAUUGUUUUGCUAGGCUUAGAGCACAGUGCUCAGCACAAAGGGUAGAAUUGGAGCAUGGCUGAAGAGCAAUCUUAAAGCUCUGUGUUGUUGGUCCCUCCCAGCUCUGAUAUCUCUGCUAACACACCAUCCUCUACGAAACCUGGAAUUUGCAGUUUGUGAUUUUGAUUUUUAUAAAGCUGAGCAAAGAAUUGGUGUAACUCCACACUGUUGCAUUUAGUUUUGUUGGAGAACUAGAAAAGGAUAGUCAAAUGGAGUUCUUGCCUUUUCUUGCUGUUACUCUAAGAAAGUGCUUUUUAAAUUAAAAUUUCAGAGAAUUGGCUGUUUUUUCGUUGUUUUUUUUUUUUCCCUAAGCAAUAGGCUUUUGGGUAGGAAACAGCAAAAAUAAUUAUAUAUGGCAAUACUAAGGAAUAGUUUUGGAAUAAUCUUGGAUUUGGUUAAAUAAAGUUCUA